GACUGGAACUGGUAUUACUAUGACAGCGCAAUUAACAAUGUUCCAUAUUGUGGGGAUUAUUACCUCAGCUAUGAGUAUUGGUGGGCACCUGUUGUAUGGUACCCUACGUGGUAUUAUGUGCCGCACACUCGUUACAGAGUCCCCAACAGGUCACGCUACAGAAGGCUUACAUGAUUUGGACCUUAUUUGGCGGAAAGCUAGGAAUGGGCAGUGUUUGGGGAAGAGAUCUGGGCCAAAACUACCUGUUCAACUCCUUUGAGCCUUGCCGAAUGAGAGUUGGAGUCUAUCC